AUGGAAACAUUUGCAAAUGAUUAGAACGUUCGUCGUUGAUCGAUGUAUUAAGAUCGUCUCGGCUCAAAUCACAAAAACUGAGCGAGACAAAGUAGAAACACAUCUCUAUUGUUUGUUAUGUCUCUAGACGAUUUUAUUCAGAACUGCAGCGUUUUUCUGAGAGAAAGACGUGGAAAGGAGUUAUCCAACUGCCUAUCCAUGUAUAAUGCCUCUUUGAGACAAGUCUCGUCUCAUUGGAGACAGAACUUAUCUUUGAAAGGAAAGUUACCAAGUCCUUAUGAUGACUUGAUCUUACAAGUUAUUGCCGCUGCUGCACACUUUGAAACUCAGAUAGAAACUUGCUUUACUUUUCUCGCCGAGACCUUUCGAAUACUUUGUAGUUUUCUCAGAGAAGAAAAGUCUUGGAUUAUUUCUGUGCUCUUGAAGUUAUCAAAGGAGCUUCGACAGAUUGCAGAAAAAGUAGACGCGAAUCAGCAAAAGGACGUGACUAGUUCUAAAAGAUUAGAAGAGACCGAAUCUCUCUUAAAAAGAGCAUACUCUUUGGUUGUGAAUGAUCGUUUGGCUGCAGAAGAUUCGAAAAAAAUGGCUUCACUAGAAUUGGUGAAUCAGCUAUUUCGUAUUUAUUUCAAAUUGAAUACGGUUCAUCUUUGUCGAAGUCUAAUUAGACAAGUGGAAGGACCAAGUUUUCCGUCCUUUGAACUUUUUCCUAUCACUCAUCAAGUCACUUUUUGUUUCUUUGCUGGUAGGCUUCGUCUCUUUGAUGAUGACUUCAAAGCUACAGAACAACAUCUUGGAUUUGCUUUUCGCAACUGUCCACAAAGAUAUUGGAAAAGUCGUCGACAGAUAUUAAUGUAUUUAAUACCUGCUAGAAUUGUCCUAGGAAAGCUACCGUCUACUGAGUUGAUCCACAAAUAUCAUUUGAGUCAGUAUUAUGGAAGACUAGUUCGUUGUGUUCGUAUUGGAGAUGUGGCUGGAGUCGAUGCUUCACUUGAGCAAUGGGAGGAAUUUUUUAUCCGUCGGGGUGUCUAUUUUGUUUUGGAACAUUUGAAGUUGAUUGCUCUUAGAGUUUUAUUUAAACGAAUUUAUCAAUUGCUGGGUUCGACUAGGUUGAAAUUACCUGAUUUGCAAUGUGCAUUGAAAGUGGCAGGAUAUGAAAUGGAUAUAGAUGAACUUGAAUGUUGCUUAGCCAACCUCAUUUAUCAAGGUUAUAUCAAGGGUUAUAUUGCUCACCAAAGACAAAUUCUGGUUGUAAGUAAAGUGGAUCCUUUUCCACAUCUAAAGAAUGUCGUUGCAAAGUGAAAGAUGCUUUUGACAAAUUGUUUU